UCGGAGCCGUGGGGUACAGAGCAGCUCAGAGCGGAGAGAAACCAGAAGCACCUGCAGAUACACUUGCCUCUCUGGGCACAACUUUUUUCAUCUGCUGAUACUGGUUAGUAUCUCUACCUCUUUGACUUCGGCGGUGAUUUGUGAACUUUUUCUUUUAUGUGCCUGUGAGUGAACACUAAAAGUCGCCUGAAUGUAUAACAUGAUGGAAACCGAGAUCAAGACCCCGCUCCCGCAGUCCAACACGGGCUCGGCGCCGGGCGCAAAGAACAACAGUGCCAGCGACCAGGAGCGGGUGAAGCGGCCGAUGAACGCCUUCAUGGUGUGGUCCAGGGGGCAGCGGAGGAAGAUGGCACAAGAGAACCCUAAAAUGCACAACUCUGAGAUCAGCAAACGGCUCGGUGCAGACUGGAAACUUCUGACCGACGCUGAAAAGAGGCCAUUCAUCGACGAGGCCAAGCGUCUACGCGCUAUGCACAUGAAGGAGCAUCCGGAUUAUAAAUACCGUCCCCGCAGGAAGACCAAGACCUUGCUCAAGAAAGACAAGUAUUCUUUGCCCGGGGGACUGUUGGCGCCAGGGGCCAAUCCAGUCAACAACUCAGUGUCAGUGGGACAGCGGAUGGACGGUUACGCGCACAUGAACGGCUGGACAAACAGUGCGUACUCCCUCAUGCAGGACCAGUUGGCCUACCCUCAGCAUCACAGCAUGAACAGCCCCCAGAUCCAGCAGAUGCACCGAUAUGAGAUGGCAGGGCUCCAGUACCCGAUGAUGUCUUCAGCGCAGACCUACAUGAACGCGGCGUCCACGUACAGCAUGUCACCGGCGUACACGCAGCAAACCACCAGCGCCAUGGGACUGAGCUCCAUGGCGUCCGUUUGCAAGACCGAGCCGAGUUCACCACCGCCGGCCAUCACGUCCCACUCUCAGAGGGCGUGUUUGGGGGACCUGAGGGAUAUGAUAAGCAUGUACCUGCCUCCCGGCGGGGACAGCGCGGAGCAUUCCUCCCUGCAGAGCAGCCGGUUACACAGCGUCCAUCCGCACUAUCAGACCGCAGGGACUGGCGUCAAUGGGACUCUACCUCUCACCCACAUCUGAGAGCCCCAGGAAGCAGAGACUUCAAACUUUUUAAAAAAGUACUUGGAUACUUGAACAUUUUUGGUUGCUAAACAACGUUCGAAAGUUUUGUUCAAAAACGCUUUUAUUUCAGUAUGUCGGAGGUGUCCAUUUCACAAGCAUCCGAAAUGGAGCCAAGCUGAACGUUGAGCCCAUCUGAGUAAAUUGCAUUGCAAAGAGGCUUUUUAUCACAUGUAUAAGCAAUCAACUUAUGUAGAAGAAUUGGACUUCUAUAUUUUAAAUAAUGCCAUAUUUUCUCUCUAUGAAAAGGCAUGUGGCCUCAUGAAGAGGCUGGUGUAUUUCAGAAAGAUGGAUGGAAAGUUGGUUCAUAAAUGUUUACACUUAAUUUGUAGAAUGUCAGUUGUAUUGACUGUGUCCAAAUUUUGUAGUCUUUCUUUUGUUCUCCCCCUCAUGACCUAGGUUAAAAUGAAAUGUUAAGACUGUGCGGGUCGCAAACGCAAGUUUUAUUUAUAGUAUGAUUUUUUUUUUCUUUUUAGCUUGUGAACCCGAUGUUUUUGUCACGUGAAAAUGUUCACUUUGUUUUGUAAAAAUGUUUUGUUCUGUGAUGGUUUUGACAGUGUCAUGUUUACUCAUUAUCCUGAACGAAAAGGUUUAUUUAAACUGACGUUUCUACAUAUUUUAAGACCAUCCUCUAUUCUUAAAUGCUGAAUAAAUUUGUACGAAACUUGA